GUAACCAAACAUCUCCCUGGAAAAACCUAAACGACCACAGCAUAACCUUAUUCAAGUCAUCCUCCUCAGUCCUCCCGUCCUGUCUAUCGCAAAAAACUGGAAAAUGUCUGAACCGGAGUCUCAAUCUCAGGCCGCAGCAACACCUAUUAAAACUGAACUCAACGCUAUGGAGACCUCCUUGGAUGACUCCUCUAAGGCGGCUCAACCUCCCAAGCUCGUCGUUUUGGCAGACCUUAACGCCAAUCCUCCUGAAACAGACACUAACGAUUCUGUUAACCUCUCAGUUCCAGACCUCAGCAGGUUGACAAAUGAUGAAAGUCAAGAUAAAAGUAGCGUCGCGUGUAAAGAAGGGGACACAGUGGAAUUUGAAGGUAAAAAAUUGAACAAAUUAGGGAAAUGUCGUUCGAGAAAUAGCAAAUUAGAUGCUUCUCUUGAUUAUGGACCUGACAUUGACGCUGAUCAGCCUGGUCAAGGUCCUAUCUCUUCCCGUGAAGAAAAAGUCAGCAGUCUUAAAACUGGUUUGGUGCAUGUUGCAAAGAAGAUGCCUAAAAAUGCUCAUGCGCAUUUUAUUCUUGGUCUAAUGUAUCAAAGGUUGGGUCAACCUCAAAAGGCAGUUUUUGCUUAUGAGAAGGCAGAAGAGAUAUUGCUGCGCAGUGAGGCUGAGGUUGCUAGACCGGAGUUCCUGUCACUAGUUCAAAUUCACCAUGCUCAGUGUAUUCUCCUUGAAAAUUCUUCUGAUAAUAGUUUGGAUAAAGAACUUGAAGCUGAAGAGCUUGAAGAAGUCCUUUCUCGAAUGAAGGAAUCAAUGCAAUCAGAUGUAAGACAAGCAGCUGUCUGGAACACACUGGGCUUGAUACUUCUCAAAUCAGGUCGUUUGCAGAGUGCCAUUUCAGUUUGGUCUUCAUUGUUGGCAAUGGAUACUAGCAACUAUGAUUGCCUUGGAAACCUGGGGAUUGCGUACCUUCAGAGUGGAGAUUUGGAGCUUUCAGCAAAAUGUUUUCAAGAGUUGAUCCUUAAAGAUCAAAAUCAUCCUGCUGCCUUUGUCAACUAUGCUGCCCUUCUUCUUUGUAAAUAUGGGUCAGUUGUUGCAGGUCCUGGGGCAAAUGCUGGUGAAGGUGCUUCUGUAUACUGGGCUGAACCUGUCCAUGUUGCAAUGGAAUGUCUACUAGCUGGACUGAAAGUGGAUCCUAAAGCAGCACAUUUAUGGGCAAAUCUUGCUAAUGCAUAUUACUUGACUGGUGACUACAGAAGUUCCAGCAAGUGCUUGGAGAAGUCAGCUAAAUUGGAGCCCAACUGUAUGUGUACUAGAUAUGCUGUGGCAGUCCAACGAAUCAAGGAUGCAGAAAGGUCUCAAGAUCCCAAUGAACAGCUUUCCUGGGCUGGAAAUGAAAUGGCUUCCAUUUUGAGAGAAGGAGAAUCUGUUCCUAUCGAAUUUCCUAUUGCAUGGGCAGGACUUGCCAUGGUUCACAAAGCCCAGCAUGAGAUUGCAGCAGCAUUUGAAACUGAACGAAAUGAGUUGGCGGAUGUAGAAGAGCGUGCUCUCUACAGUUUAAAGCAGGCAAUAGCGGAGGACCCGGAUGAUGGAGUGCAGUGGCACCAGCUCGGCAUGCAUUGUCUCUGUUCCCGACAAUUUGAAACAGCACAGAAGUAUCUCAAAGUUGCAGUUACUCAUUUUAAAGAGUGCAGCUAUGCGUGGUCAAAUCUUGGUGUCUCGCUUCAAUUAUCAGAGGAAUCAUCACGAGCUGAAGAUGUAUAUAAACAGGCUUUGGCUUGUGAGGCAUCUGAACAAGCACAUACAAUAUUUUCUAACCUUGGAAAUCUCUAUCGCCAGCAAAAACAAUAUGAACGUGCUAAGGCAAUGUUUACAAAGUCUCUGGAACUCCGGCCUGGCUAUGCUCCUGCAUAUAACAAUCUUGGUCUCGUGUUUGUAGCAGAAAGUCAAUGGGAGGAGGCCAAGUUCUGUUUUGAUAAAGCUCUCCAGGCAGACCCAUUACUGGAUGCAGCCAAAUCCAACAUGAUAAAAGCAAUGACCAUGUGUAGAUUGCAUGCAGGCUAGUCCUGGUGUCUUCUUCAGGAUUGCUAUUUACUCAAAGUUGAACUUGAGGGAGGUAACCUGCUUUCCUGAAAUGAGGGUCAUGAAUUACGUAUAUCAUUUGUUAGGAGUAAAUUUUUGUUAGGUGUCUGUCCCUGUAUCAUAGUCAUGCUUAAUUUUUGAAACGGAAACCACUGUUCCUACUUCCCUGGGUUGUUCUUGAGAGCUAAAAAAUUUCGAAAGACAGGGCUCUUCAACAAAGGCCGAAGGUCCAUCUUGCAAGUAUACCUGAUUUCUAUAUUAAUGCCGACACUGAGCAACUGGUUGGUUUUCAAUUUCAUCUAUUUCCUGGAGGAAACUAGGUAAAGAAGAGGCAUGUACUUACAUCGUAAUGAUACUGAUUUGUAGGGAAGUUAAAUUAACUGCCCAAUCUAGGCAGCUGAUCUAUUAUUAUGUAGAAGGAUGAAAAAUGAUAUGAGCGCUUGGACAGAGCCACGCCAAGUGGGUGGUUAUUUGAUUGUUUGAAAGAUUCGGCAUUUGUGGCCAGUGUCGGAACAAUCUAGAUGAGCCUAGACGCUUGUUGCGGCUGAUUUGGAUCUGA